GAUUAUUUACGUCAGCUGAAAUUGUAGGUUAGGUCAGUCUAUUUUCGUCCAAAAUUCGCCUUUUACAAGAAUGUAGAUAAAGACCAGCCCCCGAAAUGUCGCAAAUAAUGUUGAUUAUCGCCGCUGCCCAUUUGGUAUACUGUCCAUUUACCAAAGUGGAGGAAAGUUUCAAUUUACAAGCCAUGCACGAUAUUUUGUACCACAAGUGGAACCUGUCUCAGUACGACCAUUUGGAGUUCCCUGGAGUCGUCCCGCGGUCUUUCAUCGGCCCUUUAUUCAUUUCGAUUUUGGUCGCCCCCAUAGUCUCCAUUUUGCAAUUAUUCGAAAUUAACAAAUUCUGGGCACAAUAUAUCGUGCGUUUUGCAUUGGGGGGCUGCGUUAUUGCCAGUUUUCAUGUGUUGUCUCGCACUUUGGGUAAGAUUUUUGGGCGGAAUUGGCAACUCUGGUUCAUGGCAGUGACAGUGACUCAGAGCCACUUUAUGUUUUAUUUGAGUCGGCCUUUGCCUAACAUUUUUGCACUACCAAUUGUACUCCUCGCAUUGAAUAGUUGGCUCAAAGGCGAAAAUAAACAAUUUAUUUUGUUUUCGGGGGCUGCUAUUAUCAUAUUCAGGGCCGAAUUAGCCCUAUUUUUGGGGCUUCUCCUCCUCUACGAUUUGAUCAAUAAAAGAAUUACUUUGAAACGAUUUUUCCAAAUGGCCAUUCCUGGCGGUGUUGCCUUUUUGCUGCUUUCAGUGGUCAUCGAUUCGAUUUUUUGGAAUAGGCCUUUGUGGCCCGAAGGAGAAGUCUUAUGGUACAACACUGUCUUAAACAAAAGCUCACAAUGGGGCACAUCACCAUUUUUGUGGUACUUUUAUUCAGCAAUUCCAAGGGGAAUGGCAACGUCAGUAUUUCUAAUCCCUCUAGGAUUAUAUUUCGACGAAAGAGUCCGAAAAUUAUGUAUUCCUACACUUUUAUUCGUACUUUUAUUCUCAUUUUUGCCACAUAAAGAACUCAGAUUUAUUAUUUACGUUUUUCCGUUCCUCAACGCCACUGCAGCGACAGCUUGUCACCGAAUAUGGGAGAAUCGGAAUAAAAGCCCCAUUUAUCACCUAUUGUCGUUGGGUGUGUGUGGUCAUUUGGGCGUGAAUGUGUUUUUCACGUUGUUUUUGUUGAGUAUUUCUGGGACUAAUUAUCCAGGAGGGACUGCAAUUUCUCAUUUGCAUCGACUUGCAAAAGACGAAGUGAAUGUUUCGGUUCAUAUUUCGAAUCUAGCUGCGCAAACUGGUGUUUCCCGUUUUACUCAAAUUAAUCCAAAUUGGACGUAUAGUAAAGUCGAGAAUGUGUUAGCUGGGGCCCCCGAAAUGUACGAAUAUACGCAUUUAAUCGCCGAAGCUAGGAGUAAAUUUUCGCCAAAUUUGAAACCUUAUGCUUCCACACACGAUAUUAUUGAUACAAUUGAGGCGUUUCAUCAAUUAUCAUUUAAUUAUCUUACAAUUCCUCCAAUUAAAAUUAAGACACGACCUGUUUUGUUUAUCUUGAGGAGAAGGGAGAAUUAUCGCGAGUUUUUACAAAUGAGAAGUUACGAUGAUUUUCAAGAAGAAGAAGAAAAAAACGUGACAAUUGAAGAAGUCAUUGUGGCCAAAACUGAAGAAACCAAUGUGACAAACACCACAAGCCCCCCUGAUGUAAUAAUAAGAAAUGAAACUUCGAAAUCAAGGAAAAAAUUGAAGAAAAUCGAAGAAAAGCCCAUCAAUAGUACAGAAGAACGCCAGACGGUGCGACGAAACAUCAAAAAAUUGAUUCAGAAAUACCGAAGAAGGAAAGAAGAUGGUGAACUCGAGUCAAAGCCCAAAGAUACGAUUAAAAAAAUUAUUGAAGAAGAGAAAAUGAAGCAAGCGGAAGAAGAGUUGUCCAAGAUUCAACAACAAAUCUUUGAUAUCAUUGAAACAAAUCCGAAUAUCAUUAAUAAAAAGUUGAUUAAGCAAAGAUUACGUGAGACACUUACUAGCGAAUUUAUGAAUGUGAAGAAAUUGAAGAGAGUCAAGGCCAAGCAAGUUGAAGAAAACGCUGUUGAUUUUUACGAAGUUAAGGAAAUUGAAGAUGAGCCUCAACAAAAAAUUGAAGAUGAGCCUCAACAAGAAAUUGAAGAUGAAGAAAAGUUGAAUCAAAUGUCGGAAAGGUUUCUCGAGGCGAGUAAGAAAAUCGCUGAUAUUAUGACAAUCAUUGAUGAAAUUGUUGAUACGAUGGAAAUUUCUGAAGAUAGUGAAGAGAAUUGAGUGGUUUGAAUUGUAAAUAAAUGUUUGUUUAAAUAAACUUUAUUGUUGGA